AUGCUGAAGAGGCUAGUGCUGCAAAGCAGGGGUGGAAUGAGCGAGCAGCUCGAUAGGAAGCAGAGGCAGAAAGGGAAAGUUCGAAGCGAAUUACCGAAAGCCAAAAAGGCUAAAAAGGGUUUUGUUCUCAUAGGUAAUCUCGCCUGCCUGGUGGCCGUGGUCGUCGCCGACAGCUACAAGACGCCCAUCCCGAUCCUGAAGAACGACCGCAUACAGAACGCCUACGGCGAGUACACGUUCGACUUCGAGACUGGAAACGGCAUCGUCAGGAACGAGGCCGGAAAGCAGGCUGAUGGCCAGGAGUCCUCGGGAGGAUGGAGCUACACUGCUCCCGAAGGCGUCCCCAUCAAGCUGAGCUUCACCUCCGGCGUGGGCGGUUACCAGCCCGUGGGCGAUCACCUUCCCGUGGCACCUACGUCAGUGCCUCUUCCCUACGAACGCAACGACUACUGA